CACACGAGUCACACACACUAUAAAUCUAAAGAGGUUGUAGUAACGUUCAUUUGUCAUUCAUAAAUAGCUGGCAUUGUCGCGCAGCUGACACAGAUAGAAGUCCACAACAAGGUGAACCAUGGCGGGAGAUCGACUGUACAGUUUUCAGACCGGACAGAAAAAUGAAUUCCAGAUUGUGGAUUAUAUUCUCUUUGCAGGAUUAUUGUUUUGUUCUGCAGGAAUUGGAUUAUUUUAUGCCAUCAAAGACCGUCAGAAAUCUAACACCAAGGACUUUUUACUGGCUGGAGGGGACAUGAACCCAAUUCCAGUGGCCCUGUCCCUCCUGGCUAGCUUCAUGUCCGCUAUCACUCUACUGGGGACACCUGCUGAAAUGUACAACUACACCACGAUUUACUGGUGGAUAGGUCUGGGCUAUUUUUUCGUUAUUCUUGGAGGAGCCCAUGUUUAUAUGCCUGUAUUUUACAGACUUCGCGUAACCAGUUCAUACGAGUAUUUGGAACAUCGAUUCGGGAAGGUUUCUAGGACGAUUGGUGCCAUUAUAUAUGUAACUCAAAUGACACUGUACAUGUCCAUUGUGCUUUAUGCCCCAUCUUUAGCCCUGAAUGCAGUGACUGGUUUUACAUUAUGGGGUUCUAUAUGGGCAGUAGGCUUAGUCUGUAUAUUCUACACAACUAUAGGCGGGAUGAAGGCCGUGCUAUGGACCGAUACCUUCCAGGUCGGUAUGAUGAUGGCAGGACUACUAGCGGUGCUAAUUCAGGGCAGUAUAGAGGUGGGGGGAUUCGCUAAGGCCUGGGAACGCUCCGUGGUAUCUGGCCGCAUCAACUUUGUGGAUUUUGACCCCGACCCUGCGAUCCGCCACAGUUUUUGGACCUGUGUUGUUGGGGGUUGCUUCACGUGGCUUUCCGUGUAUGGCGCCAAUCAAGCUCAAAUUCAGCGCGCAGUCACGUGUUCAACUUUAAAGAAAGCACAAAUAGCUUACUGGUUGAAUUGGCCCGGACUGUGCAUCAUUUUGUACAUUUGUGCUAUGAUUGGUACAGUGAUAUACGCCUUCUAUGAGACAUGUGACCCCAAGACCUACGGGUUAAUCUCGGCUUCUGACCAGUUACUUCCGCUGUUUGUGAUGGAUGUCCUCGGACAUGUCCCAGGGAUCCCCGGUCUAUUCGUGUCCUGUCUAUUUUCUGGUGCUCUAAGUACUUUGUCCUCUGGACUCAACUCUAUAGCAGCAGUUCUUCUAGAAGAUGUCCUCCGAGUUUUCUGUGUCAAACGAAUCAAUUCCGAAGUUAUCGCCACCUAUGCAUCAAAGAUUAUAGCCCUCAUCUUUGGCUUCAUCUGUCUAGGAUUAACCUACGUAGCAUCUCUGUUGGGAGGAGUUCUCCAGGCUGCUUUGGCACUGUUUGGAGUCAUAGGAGGGCCAUUGCUGGGUGUUUUUACACUUGGAAUGCUCUUUCCAUGGGCAAAUGAAAAGGGUGCAGUGACUGGUAUGUUGACAAGCCUUGUCUUCAUGCUGUGGAUAAGUGUAGGGUACCAGAUCCACAAACCCAAGGUAGCCACCUUCUCUCCCAUCUCUGUGGAGGGCUGCAACUGGAAUCUGACCACAAAAGUUCCCCCGACAACCCACAGUUCCCUGUACCUUAACACCACCACACAGAGCUCAUUGUUUGUCUCUACAGUCAAUGCCACCCUCACAACCACUGCAGACAUGGUAAAGGAAGAUUCAUAUUAUGUUAUGGACAGAUUCUAUUCCUUAUCUUACCUCUGGUACAGUGCAACAGCCAUGAUAGUGGUUAUAGCAGUCGGAAUGCUAGUCAGUGCAAUCACAGGGUUUGAGAAGCCAAGCGAGAUGGACCCUAAGCUUUUCUGUCCAAUAUUUGAUGUCUUCUGUCCAUUCUUACCUGAGAAAAUCAGGAAACCUCUAAGAUUUGGAGUACGAUAUGAUGAGAUGAAGCAGUGUGGAGACUUAGAAUUAGAGCUACAGGACGGUAUAGAGGAGAAGGAGGAGGCAUCGCCAUUACAGCAGAAGGUCGUAGCAGAGGUCAACGGAGACAAUGCUAGCAAGGCCAUGUUGUGAUGACGGUCUGGAGCUAGCCUGUCCUCAUCCAUUGUAACAGCCAUUGUGACCAAACUAGAACAAAAACUAUAGCAUAUAUGUAUCGUAGAUCUUGUGUUCAUCACUGAUAUUUUUUUUCUUCAUUUUUUUUUUAUCAUAAACAUCCAUUGAAUCAUACUGCAUUUAUAAAUUAAUGCAUACAAUUGUUUAAAUACUGCACAUUUUUAUCUAUACACGUAGGUUGUCUGAUGCAGGAUUCAUUGUAUCAUACUAUGACAUUGUACAAAUUACAGUAAAACACACUUAUAGUGAACAAACUUUGAAUGAAAUGACUUUUUCAACGCAGUGAUUUUCCUUCCCCAAAGCUUUAAUUCAGUGGAUAUAUAUACAAAUAUUUAAUGGUGCAUAUGCAAUUACAAUACAUAAUAUGGAAUUAUGUUUGCAUUGAAGCAAAAAUAACCAUCCCUGGCACUUUGUUAUAAAGUGUGUUUUACUGUAUAAAGAAACAUUAAAACAUAAACAAUCACAUUGUAUUAUCAAGAAAUACUCACGGAUAAUUUUUACUCAGUACCUUAUGUGCCUGCCCUAUCCUCCGUUUUCCCCUAAAUCUUUGAUCUGUAUGUAAAUGUUUUGUAAAAUAACAUUUCAAACAUGAAUUUAUUACAUUUAUCAGACAAUCAAUUUCAAUAAAAUAUAAAACUGUAGAGAAGUUCAGAAUGG